UGCUGCGAGCGGUCUACUCAACGCCGGUUCGUUCGGGGUCGCCUGAGUCCGGGUUCGCUAGUCUGUUCCGAACCGUUGCCAUGUUAGGUUUCGUCCGACGCCAUCAGCUUGUUGGUGGCGGUGGCGGCGGCGCUGAUCCUCGUCUGCCUCUUCGCCCAAAGCACCCGAGACCAGGAUGUGAGAGAUCUCAAGAACAUGUUGGAGGAUAUCAACAAAAGGCUCGAGAACAUGAAGUUAGAGGCAAGGGCGAACGCAGGACUUCCUUCGGGCGAGGGGGAGGACGAAGGAAGGGAGAAAGGAGAGAAAGAAGGAAUGGUUUCCGGAGACGAGGACGUCGUCAACGGGAGACUCCUGACCUCCAAGGGCGUCCCUGUGAAGGUCGUGAUCAUGCUGGGGUCGACGGCGAGGAGCGGCACCAGCCUCCUCGGGGAGCUCCUUUCGCAGCAGAAGGAUUCCCUGUACCUCUUCGAGCCUGAACUCUUCGUGAGGCAACACUCAGGCCAGAAGGUGACGCAGGAGCUCGGCAUGCAGCACAUGAAAGACAUGAUCUACUGCCGAUUUGACGAAACCUUCAUCACUUUCCUUCACCGCCGGUCUUCCCCCUUCAACAUCUUCCGCCACCCCGUCACCAAGACGAACUGCCGUAACUGGGAUUCUUGUCUCACCAUUCCCAGGCUGACGGCGGCGUGCAGGGCGGAGCCGACGAGGAUCAUGAAGGUGAUCCGUCUGCGCAUGGCUUGGAUGAGGGAACUGCUGGACGACCCCGAGUAUGACGUGAGGGUCGUCCACCUGGUGCGCGACCCCCGGGGAUCCCUCUACUCCAUGGCCAAACUCCACCUGCACAAGCUCAUGCCGGAGUACCACUGUCCUCUCAUUUACGACGACCUCGUGACCGCGCCGAAGCUCAUGGCCGAGUACCCGGGGCCGCGUCAUUUCCGUCACCUACGAGCAGUUUUGCCUCGACCCCGUUGACACAGCAACACGGGUGUGGCGAAUACUCUCUGGAGACGAAAGGGCGUCGCUCCCCGUCAUGUGGUCGGAGUACAUAGCAAAGCACGUUCAUCGGACCUCCACCAGACGCAUCGCCGCCUACGGUACCUUUCGGAACAGCGCGGAGCAAUACCAGUCCUGGCGCGACAACAUUACGGAAGACGCGUUAACGAAGAUCGAGGAGCACUGUCAGCCCUCGUUGGAGCUUCUCGGAUAUAACGUCUUCGGUGAUCUCAAGACGGCGAGGAACCUGUCCGUGUCUCUCUUCGCAGAGUGAACCAGUCGAAGCUUCGAACUCGGGUUCGCUAGGGUCGGAAAGCCUUCCAAUUGUUCUUCGGGUAAAUGUUUCGCAUAAUUUCGCGUCACAGGUUACGGCGAUAAUGGUACCUUCCUGUCACCCUCUACUCUUCACAUAUAUAUGGAUAAGUGUGCGAACUGCCCGCCUCCCUUAUUAUAAUCCACAAUCUCCAUUCCCAUAAUAGGAGAGGGCCUCAAGGAUAUCCGGGAAACUGCGGGUAAAAUGUUAAGAAAAACGAGUUGUACGCAAUGUAUAUGCGAGAAAAGUCAAGAAACUGCAAGAAACCACGACCCUGCGAUCCACCUUAAAGGGAGCUGCCGACCCCAACCUACCCUGGGAGACAAACAACUUCCCUAGUAGGAUGGAGUGCAGGGCCCAUCUCAAGAUGGGGUACAGUAAAGGCCCUUUUUGUAGCAUCCGGAAACCCCUAACACUUUGAUGCAUUGUUUGAAAUAUCACGGUCGCUACAAAACACAAUAUCAUCGAAGUUUUUACUAACAAUUCAAAGUUUUGAGAAAGGGUUUUUUAUUAUUAUUUAACAUAAAAAGUUGAUAGGAAAUCAUUUAAGUACUCAAGUACGUGUUUUUUUAUUACAAGCAAAACAUUGUGGAAACUUCAAAUAAAAUGGAAAAAGUACCUGCCUAUUCUGCAGCUUAUAGUGUUUAUACACACCACUUCAUUUC